AUGAAAGGGAAGUUGAUGAGGAAGGUGGAGAUGAGGGGGUGGUUUUUUGUGCAGCCUGGUGUGCACAAACGGAAGCCCAAUGGUAUCUUGGGUCUUUUGUGCCGGCUGCACUUCCCCGGGCUCGUGAUGCAUGCCGGGGUGCUGGAGCCGGCAUACACGUGGGACCACUACAUGGCCAGCCCGGACGCUACUGAUCGCGAAGGAAGGAACUUCAACACCAAAGCGAGGCGGGUGGUCGGGGAGUUGUGGGAUUUCUACAGGUGCGAGGAAGGCUAUGAGGCCCGGGCGAACGAGCUGGCUCACCAGGCUUGCUACAAGCUGGUGAAGGACAUGCACUACGAGGCGCGUAUCCAGGCCGUCGUUGUGUACUGCGCCGAGUACGAGAAGAGGAGUGUCAAGAAACCAGCCGCAAGGGACAUCUUCCUCACGCGAGACCAGUACUUAAGGGUGCCUCCGAACUGGUGUGCAAACAAGGCUGAGUGCUGGUCUAUGAUGGUGGACAAGUGGAUCAGCGAGGAUUGGGCCCGCCAGCACGCCUUAUGCCGGGAGCGCCGCUUGAUGAUGCCGGGUCCGGCACAUCAUCAAGGGAGCCUUAGCCUCGGCGAGUACAAGAAUACUUGGUCGGAGUCUCAUCCAGGCCAGUCUUGCAACGACUUCACGGCGUACGCCAUGUCUCACAUGGGCAGGGCGAAGUCGGACGUGGCCUACAACCCGGCGGCUCCACCAGAGGCAUACACAAACCCAAGCAUCCACGCGCGCAUCAAUGCGUACACGGAGGUGGGAAGGGCGCUCCACGGGGAGACUUGGGAUCCGACCACCGCGCCACUCUCCGGAGAAGCCAUCAUGAGGGCGGGACAAGGGAAGAAGCACGGGCGGUACUUGAUCGCCAACAGCUUGGUCGACACGGCGAGUACGCCUGGUCUCUCGCAGCUUAGGGCAAGUACCACCGACUCGACCCCGCCCAUACGCCUACGGCCUGAGACUUCAGUGGCUAGCGUGCACCAGAGACAGGUUAGUUUAGAUUUGGUUGCUGUUCUAUGA